GGCCCGGACAGCAGCCCGCAGCCGCACCGCGCUCAGCUCCGCGCCGCCCAAGCGAGUCCCGUCCGCCCGGGACGUCCAGCGGCCCCGCCGAGCGCACAGGAGCCCGCGCCAUGAGCGUCCGGACGGGGCGCUGAGCGGCGGCGGCGAUGUCGGGGCGUGGGGCCCCGGGCUCCGGCUGGGGGCUGCGGCUGGCGCUGCUGCUGGCGCUCGGCGUUCUGCCGCGGGCGCGGGGCUUCGAGGAGGAGGCGCACGGCGAGAGCCAGGGCUUCCAGGUGGUCACCUUCAAGUGGCAGCACGUCCAGGACCCGUACAUCAUCGCGCUGUGGAUCCUCGUGGCCAGCCUGGCCAAGAUAGGCUUCCACCUGUCCCACAAGGUCACCAGCGUGGUCCCCGAGAGCGCUCUGCUCAUCGUGCUGGGCCUGCUGCUGGGCGGCGUCGUCUGGGCGGCCAACCACAGCGCCUCCUUCACCCUCACACCCACCGUAUUCUUCUUCUACCUGCUGCCGCCCAUCGUGCUGGACGCCGGCUAUUUCAUGCCCAACCGGCUCUUCUUCGGCAACCUGGGCACCAUCUUGCUAUACGCCGUCAUCGGCACCGUGUGGAACGCAGCCACCACUGGCUUGUCCCUCUACGGCAUCUUCCUCAGUGGCCUGAUGGGCGACCUAAAAGUCGGGCUGCUGGACUUCCUGCUGUUCGGCAGCCUGAUUGCCGCUGUGGACCCAGUGGCCGUCCUGGCUGUGUUUGAGGAGGUCCACGUCAAUGAGGUUCUGUUCAUCAUAGUCUUUGGGGAGUCGCUGCUGAAUGAUGCUGUCACAGUGGUGCUGUACAAUGUGUUUGAAUCUUUCGUGACACUGGGCGGUGACAAGGUGACUGGUGUGGACUGCGUGAAAGGCAUAGUGUCCUUCUUCGUGGUGAGCCUGGGGGGCACGCUGGUGGGUGUCAUCUUCGCCUUCCUGCUCUCGCUGGUGACCCGCUACACCAAGCACGUGCGCAUCAUCGAGCCCGGCUUUGUCUUUGUCCUCUCCUACCUGUCCUACCUCACCUCUGAGAUGCUGUCCCUGUCGGCCAUCCUGGCCAUCACUUUCUGCGGGAUCUGCUGCCAGAAGUACGUGAAAGCCAACAUCUCCGAGCAGUCAGCCACCACUGUGCGCUACACCAUGAAGAUGUUGGCCAGCGGGGCCGAGACCAUCAUCUUCAUGUUCCUGGGCAUCUCGGCCGUGGACCCCCUCAUCUGGAAGUGGAACACGGCCUUCGUGCUCCUGACCCUGGUCUUCAUCUCUGUGUACAGGGCCAUUGGUGUUGUCUUGCAGACCUGGGUUCUGAACCGGUACCGGAUGGUGCAGCUGGAGAUCAUAGACCAGGUGGUCAUGUCCUAUGGCGGCCUGCGCGGGGCUGUGGCCUUCGCCCUGGUGGUCCUCCUGGACGAGGAGAAGGUCAAGGAGAAGAACCUGUUCGUCAGCACCACCAUCAUCGUGGUCUUCUUCACUGUCAUCUUCCAGGGCCUGACCAUCAAGCCCCUGGUGCAGUGGCUAAAGGUGAAGAGGAGUGAACACCGGGAGCCGAAGCUCAACGAGAAGUUGCACAGCAGGGCUUUUGACCACAUCCUCUCGGCCAUUGAGGACAUAUCUGGGCAAAUUGGACACAAUUACCUCAGAGACAAGUGGUCCAAUUUUGAUAGGAAAUUCCUCAGCAAAAUCCUCAUGAGAAGGUCAGCCCAGAAGUCACGAGACCGGAUUCUGAAUGUUUUCCACGAGCUCAACUUGAAGGAUGCCAUCAGCUAUGUGGCUGAGGGAGAGCGCCGGGGGUCCCUGGCCUUCAUUCGCUCUCCAAGCACCGACAACAUGGUCAACGUGGACUUCAGCACACCACGCCCUUCAACCGUGGAGGCCUCUGUUUCCUACUUCCUGCGGGAGAAUGUCAGUGCCGUGUGCCUGGACAUGCAGUCCCUGGAGCAGAGGAGGAGGAGCAUCCGCGACACGGAGGACAUGGUGACGCACCACACGCUGCAGCAGUACCUGUACAAGCCCCGGCAGGAGUACAAGCACCUGUACAGCCGGCACGAGCUGACACCCACCGAGGACGAGAAGCAGGACAAGGAGAUCUUCCACCGGACCAUGCGGAAGCGCCUGGAGUCUUUCAAGUCCACCAAGCUGGGCAUCAACCAGAACAAGAAGGCUGCCAAGCUGUAUAAGAGGGAGCGUGCACAGAAGCGGAGGAACAGCAGCAUUCCCAAUGGAAAACUGCCGAUGGAGAGCUCGGUACACAGUUUCACGAUUAAGGAGAAAGAUAUGGAACUUUCCGACACCGAGGCAGCCCCAGACCACGACGCUGAGGAGAUGAGUGGGGGGAUAGAGUUCCUGGCGCACGUCACGCAGGACGCAGCCACAGACUCCCCCUCAGGAAUUGACAACCCCGUGUUCUCCCCGGACGAAGACCUAAGCAUCCUCACUAGGGUGCCGCCCUGGCUGUCUCCUGGGGAGACUGUGGUGCCCUCCCAGAGGGCCCGUGUGCAGAUCCCCUGCUCUCCGGGACACUUCCACCGCCUGGCACCCUUCCGCCUCAGCAGCAAGUCCGUGGACUCCUUUCUGCUAGCCGACAACACUGAGGAGGGGCCCCCCAAGGCCCUGCCUGAGUCCACACACAUGUGACACGGGCUCCGACGUGCCGCUGACCCGACGCUCGUCCCCGCGGGGAGCCCCGCCCGUCGCUGAGAGGGCCCGGCCGCCUGAGGGGACCCUGCGCGUGCGCGCCCCGAGCCCGGCCCCGGCCGCGCCCCCCGUGCCGCCCGACCGCGAGCCGGGGGCGGGGCCGGAGCGCCGCGGGCUGCCGGGCGCGCACGCGCGGUCUGCGGCGGCGCGCCGCGUGCACAGCCGGCGCUCGUUUCAGAGGCCCCGCGCGCGCCGCCGCCCAGCGCUGCUCAAGCUGGCGUCCCUGCAGCCGUCGUGCCACACGCCGCCGCACUCUCUGGAGCAGGAGGAGACGCCGCUGUGACGGGCGCGGGCCGGGCCCGCCACGGCCCCUACCUCCCGGGGCUCGUCCCCCACGGGGUUCUUCCUCCACGUUUCCCCACCUGAGGGUCCCCUCCCCACGGCCCCGCCCACCGGGGGGUCCUCGUCCACGGCUCCGCCCCAGGGCCCUCCCGUCUGGCUCCUGGAGUAGCCCUGGGUGCUCAGCCGUCCAGCGUCUAGGUGCUGGAGCGGCCAUUGAGCUGGACUCUGGUUUAGAGUGGGCCCCAGGGACCAGUCGUGCCGGCAGGCAUGAACCUCGGAAAUCAGUGGGGCCGCCUGCAGAAAGGAUCUGCAGGCCGGCACCUGGAUCUCCCCAGCCGCUUCCAGCUUCCGGGGGGCGGGGCCUGGGCAGGUGCCCCUGUCCGGGAACCUGUGCGGGUCCUUCUGUCCACCUGUCUGGUUGCGAACUGAGCCAGCACUUGUGUGCGACUCUGUCCAUUGGGCCCCUACUUAGGGAUAAGAAGGGUCCUGGGCCCCAGAGGCUGGACUUCGUGUUUGAGUUCUUGCCACUUGUGUCCAUGUUAUCAUCACUGCCAGAGAAACCGAGGCACACACAAAAUAAGAUUUUCCCAACGUGAUACCCACUCAAGAUUCCAGGCCCUGGCUGCCUCUUUCAAAGCUCCCCUGGGCUUACCCCAGCGAGGGCCCUAAGUCCGGGAGCAAUUCCCAGGCCUUGGGUUUGGGGUUGUGGGUAUCUGAGCCCCCUAUGAUACCUUGAUAGCCACUUGCCAGGUCUUUGAGUUACCUGUCAGCCUAUGGAUUGUAGGUACAAUUGCAGAAACAUCUUCCAUCUGUUCAUCCUCCCAGAGCCCAGCAGUUGUCCUGCAUGCACCCAGGUCUUGGUGUAGUGGCCUCUGGGCACCAGGCAUCGCCCCAUCCCCACACACCUGCCCUCCAGCCUGAGCUGUCCCCUCAACACUGGUGGAUGGCCAGGCUGGCUUAGAGGGUGACUGCCCAUGUGGGUGCACCUGCACAGCUCGAGUGGGACCCUCGCUUAGCAAGCAAUCUUGUUUAGAGUCACAGCCCAUACCUAGGGACCUGGGCCCCAUGGCUGCUCUGGCCCCUCAACCACAGCAGGGGAGGAGUUGCUGUCUUGUGGGGAGUCCAGGGACUGGCAGGAGGUUCAGAGCCUUGUAGGACCCCUAGGCCUGCCCAGAGGAUCUUGUAGGAUAGACACCCCUCCCACCCCACUGAGGUUUCAGGGGUGCAGCCUUGGGCAGAGCACCCCCUCUCCUCUGGAGGGUAACCACAGUCCAGCUGUCCUGGGGGGUGCAGUGGGGGAGUGGGGCAAGGCAGCCACACAGUGAGCCAGGGACGGAGCUGCACAGUCGGCCCCCAUCUGCCCUCUCCUUUACACACAGGUGGUAAAGGAUAAGGGGCAGUGGGCUUCCAGAUGCCCUAGGAGCUUCUCUGAAGAAGCUAGACUCAGCCUUACUCAGGAAAGGACCAGCCACACUGUGCUGGGCUGUGCCCAUGUGCUGACGGCUAUGUCCUUCCAGCUGUCAGAGCCCAGGAUUACUAGCAGUCUUUUCACAAUGCAUGUGAGUCCAGGUGAGGACCUGCUCAUUACUCUAGUCAUGAGCUCCGCCACCACAGAUAAAUAGGUGAUGUUUGGCUUUGCGUAGCCGUUCUCCACAUGCUGCGAAUUUUAACCAACUCUGAGCACAAUCCAGCCAUUCCCUGCACACCCAAACCCAUUGGUGACCCCACUACACCCAGGCCAGCCAGGCACCCAGCCACCCAGCACACCUGUAGGAGGGCUCCCUGCAGGAGUGGCUCCACUGGGCCAGCACCUUCAGCUGCCUUAACAUUCACCUGGGCUGCGAGGCCAGUUUGACCCCAGCUGCAGAGCUGGAGCCUGAGUCAGUCCGGGAAAGCGGCUCAGGGACAGUUCCCAGACACCCCAGUCCACACCAGAGCUACUGAAUGGCCAGGUGGUGAAUCAGUGUGACAAAUGCCUCUGGCCACCUUGAUGGCCCCAUGUAUUCUGCAGUGGGAGGGCAGAUCUUCUGCAUUGGAUUGCACAGGGCAAGCACAGCUGCGUGGAACUGAAGGCAGGCAGGAAGCCCGAUGCACAGAUCCCCACAUUUUGGCCCUCCAGAGUCAGUGUUAUGAACCCCAGUACUGUGGACACAUUUCAUAACUGAGAAUCUUAGCUGUUCUCGUCAUCGUAAACUAGAAUGUACAUAGUCUUAUGAAUGUAUUUCCUUAGGAAAACUGUUGUAAAAUUUUUUUAUUAGGAAAGAAUCCUAUUUAUUUAAUACUGAACGUUGGCCUACUCUGUACUAUAAAGUAUAUAACUAGCUAUUUCUCACUUGUUUUUUUGAAAAUAGUUUUGUUACAGUGCUCACACACUGUGCGCUAUUGAUCUAUUGCGAAAAGAUAUUUAAGGAAGAAUUUCAUUGGAAUUGAAAUGUAUUUUAAGUUACAAGUCAUGGACAUUGUUGAUUUUGUGAAUGUAAUUUUAGUCAAACUUGUGUUGCCCCUAAUCACAAAACAAUGUGCCUUAAAGUGCCACAUGGAUGUGUCUUGGGCAGGAUCCUAUCACAGAACCUGCCGUGACUGCUUGAUCAAGCCUAUUAAAAAUGUUCCAAGGCA